AUGGCUGGGAUAGCGGACAUAUUGAAUCAUAGUGACGGGAGCGAUGAAUCAAACGAACAAACCACAUCUUCGUCUACAUCGAACCACAGAAGAACCACUUCGCUGGCUCGAUCUUCUGUCAGCUUAGAUGGUCUUGGGGUGGGGUUGGAGACGAGUCGUGGACGGCGUAGUAUCCCCAAAAGCAAAAUAGACAAGAAGUACUUAGCGAACAAAAAGUUGGUACAAAUUUCCAUACGAAGAAAAUCGGCAACUCGAAAAAGCGUCUCGACAGAAAAUACGUCGGGCGUAAAUACAUCUAAGUUGCAUAUCAAGUACUUGGAGGCAGGCAUGAGAGUGAAGCUUACUAUGUCUCCGUCGAUCUUUUCUUUGUACAACUCGCUCAUCCCUCAUACUAAUCGAAAACAUGUAUAUGCAUUAAAGGAUCAUCACGCAGUUUUCGACGAUAUUUCCAAGAAAAUGGAAACAGUGACGUCAGAUGGGGCGAUAAUAAAUCGAAACAUGACGUCGAAGCCCUUGAAGUUGAUUGACAACAACCUUGUCAAUUUGGCCGGUUAUUCACACAAGGUAUUACUGACAUUUGGCAGAAAGAAGGAUGGGGGUAUCAGUGAGGAGCCCACUCAUUUACCUACGUUCAAUUCCUUGGAUACAGCCGUCAGUUCGCUAUUUGGUAUCAGCGAUUAUACUUUGGUAAGAGUGACCCGUUCCACUUCUAACGACGACGAAGGUUCGGUGAUAUUAAAGCUCGAAACUGCUAGGCCGGGAGACUACUCCUUAAUAGAUGACGAGGACUUCUUGGAAGACAUGGUCCACAGCAUUGGCAAGCCUAAUGAUAUACCAAAUAGCUUAUUCAUCAAAAAAAUCGUUGCAAGACCCCGGUACAAAUCCGACAUGAAAAUCUUUUUGAUUCCAAAGAUUCAAGACAGCUCGCUUUAUGUCGACGAACGUAUGUUUGAAAGAGAUCUCAUAAAUGGGGUCAUAGAUGUUGAUCAGUCGCCUUCCAUCAGAAGCAUUUUCUGCACUUUCAAGUUCGACCAUAUUUUAGGUCUGUAUAAAAAUUUACUAUCCUUGACCAAGUUAGAUGAGGAACACAAUGAAAAGGAAUCCAAUAGUGAUAAAGACAUACAAGAAAAUCCUGAUAUUGAAAUGACCAUGAUCGAUUCUAAUUGA